AUGUGUUCUAAAAGAGCUGGAAUCAUUGGGGAAAGCACUGUAUGGAGCAAAAUUAAUAGCCCAAAGAUUUCAAGUUCGAAACUGUUCUCACCACAAGGAUCCUGUGAGUGGUUCAGCCUGUUUACUUUCCAUGAUUGAAGAAGGCAACCCUCAUCACUUCUUUAUUGCUACACAGGACCAGGAUUUAGCAAACAAAGUGAAGAAGAAGGCUGGCGUUCCUCUCCUCUUUAUUAUUCAGAACACUAUGGUGCUAGACAAACCUUCUCCUAAAUCUUUGGCAUUUGUUCAAAAGUUGCAGACAGAUCAGCUCGUUCCAGAGCACCAAAAACAAAGUAUUGUGCAGCUUAAAGAAAAAGAAGGACUAGCAAAGCAAGAAGGUGAAAAGAGAAGAAAACGUAAAAGGGCAGGUGGCCCCAAUCCACUCAGCUGUCUGAAGAAAAAGAAGAAAACACAGGAGGGUCAGGAGCCUUCUGCUGAAAAGAAGAAAAGAAGAAAAAGAAAGCGAAAUAGGGUUAAAGCAGAAGCCAUGCAGUCAGUACAGAAGAAUGAAGAAGAGUAAAACCACCUUUGUAAACAAUGCAAGACUUGAACAUUGUUUGAACUUUGCAAAAAGAUUUAUAUGCAAUCGUAUUAAGUUGUUAAUAUUAAAACUUAUUUU